AUGGAAGAAGAAAUAAAUGAUGAAGAUGAAGAAUUGCUUAAUGAGAAGGAUAUUGUGCGCAUUAUUCCUCUGUACGAUAACAUGAAUAAUUCUUCAGAAGUAUCCGAUAUGGCAUGUGAUAUUUCGGAAGUCAAAGAUGAUGAUAUGGAAUUAGCCGUGGGUAAUGAUGAAGAAAUGGACGGCAGUGGAGACUUUCCAAAUGCUAUCACGGAAGCUGAUAGUAUAAUUUCGGCAUGCAGAGAUGAAGCUUUCAUUGUUGUAUGUUUUCAAAAUCAGUGGCUUGCUAUUGGUGGAAAAGAUGACCAAGCCGUUUUGUUCAGUAUGCAGAGUUUGGAACUGGUUUUGAGGAUUGCUGAACACAAAGACAGUGUAAUAUGUGCACAGUUUAGUGUGAAGGGCCACUUGUUGGCCACUGGCGAUAUGAGCGGUUUGAUUGUAGUAAGCAGUACCACGGAGCUAAGAAGGUGUUUCUCGAUUGACGAUUGUGAAGAGUUGUCGUGGAUACAGUGGCAUUCAUCUGCAGAUAUUUUACUUGCCGGUGGUAAAAAUGGUAUUUGGAUGUGGCUUGUUACGACCGACAUUGUUCGACAAACAAAGGUGUAUAUACUUGAUUCGCCUACUACAUCUAUUGACGCUAAACUGCUUAGUGAUGGAAAACGACUUCUUUCGUGCUAUGAUGAUGGUUCUGCAAGAUUAUGGUCUCUAAAAGAUGGAAAGUCGAUUAGCAUUAUGACGGGAGCUAGAAGUGCUACAUGCCUGGAUAUUCAUCAUAGUUCACCUGUGGCAAUGUUUGGAGAUCUUAUGGCAUGUUGUUACUUUGUGAAUACAGAAACCGCCAAAGUAUUAAGGAUAUUUACAGUGGUUGAAGGAGAUAUGGCUUCCGAGGUGACAAUCGAAUGCGUGAAAUUUUGUCCAAGAAAAGAGCCGUGGUUCGUCGUUGGUACUAAUUCUGGUCGUCUGGCAAUCUAUGAUUUUAGUUCUAGCACUUUACGUCACAUUCUGAAAGAUGAUACUGAUCCGGUAGUUACCUGUCGGUGGUACACGACAGAUUUGAAUGAGAUGUACGUUAUUAGUGCUGGUUACAGUGGCAUGGUUAAAAUGUGGGAAAGUCGAAGUGGACUGCCUUUCUUAGUAGUUCUGUCACAAAGUAUUGCUCCGGAAAGUUCUCAUUUGCUGUCAAUGGAUUUGUCUGCGAAAGGACCGAUCUUAUAUACAUCAUAUAGUUCUGGACAGCUUUGCAAAUUUUCUCUGAACCGGUAA